GCGCAUGUGUACACGUGGAAUCCAACAUGGCGUCGUGUUAGUGCUUUUGUUGUUCUUCUUGUCCAUCUGUGUUUUCACCUGCUGUUUCAAUUCUUUUUCAAACUUUCUAACUAAUUUUACAACCCAAAGUCCAAUGUCUAAAGCAUAAUAAUUUUAAAAAGAAUAUUUAGAGUCGUUAAACGGCAGAAUUCAGAGAAUAUUUCAGUAAGAUGCAUCGUUUAGGAACUCUUAGGAAUCGUAAAAAGACUUUGAAAGCUUUUACAGAAUUAGAUGCAUUCCCUAAAAUACCCGAGAAUUACCAAGAAACAACGGCAUCUGGUGGUUCAGUUACUUUGGUGAUAUCAGUGUUUAUAUUUAUUCUGGUGUUAUCAGAAUUUUGGUAUUACCGAGCAAUAGAAUCAAAAUAUAGUUAUGAAGUUGAUACAGAUUAUGAUAGGCAUACUUUGAGUUGACAGACGAACAGAAGAUAUGGAUGACAAUGUUCAAAGAUUUUUACUACUUUUUUGAAGGCUAUCGUUCACUUGGUGAAAUGGAGUCAUUUAAGUCAGGGAUGCCUACCUAUAUGCCUAAAAGGAAAGAUAGUGAUAAUCAGGAAGGAAAGCCUCAUGAUGCUUGCAGAGUGUAUGGGUCAUUUGAAGUCAAUAAAGUGGCUGGAAAUUUCCAUCUUACUUCUGGAAAAUCCAUUCAACAUCCACAGGGACAUGCUCAUCUAAGUGCAUUGGUUCCUGAGCAAGCUGUGAAUUUUUCUCAUCGCAUUGACCGGCUUUCUUUUGGACAUCACAUGCCUGGCUAUGUUAACCCUUUAGAUGGGGAUAUGCAGACAGCAGACAAGGCUCGCAUGAUGUACCAGUACUACAUCAAGAUAGUACCAACUAAGAUCAAGUUCCUCGGCUCUUCACAGGAGGUUUUGACCAAUCAGUACUCAGUAACACAGAAGAGCCGUGAAAUAAGUCAUAACAGGGGUAGCCACGGUAUUCCAGGUAUUUUCUUCAAGUAUGAUAUGUCUUCCAUCAUGGUUCACAUCAAGUAUCAACAUCGAUCAAUGGUCGCCUUUUUAGUGCGACUCUGUGGUAUUGUUGGUGGGAUAUUUGCCACCUCAGGUAUGUUGCACUCAUUUAUUGGAUUUCUGGUUGAUGUGGCAAUGUGCCGAUUUGGAUUCAAGAAAGAAAAGGAAAAGUUACCAUCCGAGAGUACUGAUGCUCCUGUCGUACAGUCCAACGGACCUCCAUCUCCUACCCUUAACCCAGGCCUCCCAGUUUCUACAGAUGAACUUCAGAAGGUUCCAGAAGUAACGACUAUUACUCCCACGACACCUCUCUUACAAAACCAAGCCAAUGCAUGAAAGUCCUAUGCCACUUGAUGAAAGCACUAGGAAUAGACCUCUUCGUUUUGGGGUAAUGUUUUCCCAUUUCAGACCAUGUGCCAUUCCCUUGAGAAUAAGAUUCUUUGUUUGAGCUGUAUCCAUAUUCAUGUGUCUUCUCAUGCGCAACCGAGCGCAAACUUUAAACAAAGAAAUGAUACUCUAGGGAAUGACACGUAGUCUGAAAUGGGAAAACAGAAGAAGUCUAUUGUAGAACUGUAUUUUAAUCUUCGGAAAUUCUAAUAAUAAAAAUUGAUAAAUCUUCAA